AUGUCAGCCAUAUUGGAUACCACACACCCAUCAUACAUGUAGGUUUAGCUCUCAAUCUCAAUAUCGACAAUAUCAUACACGGCUCGGCCCUCGCGACAAAUUGUCAAAAUUUUCUGCAUGCGUUCUCCACUCUGACACCGCCCCCGUCUCGAAAAUGCAGCAACUCGACCUCCUCAUCCAGGAAAUCGAGUCGAUCGACGACUAUCUCGGCCCGACAUUCAGAGCAAUUUACGAUGGAAACGAACAUCAGAAGUUUAUGGAAAAGUUGGACGAGAGGGUCAAAAGCCAUGACAGAGACAUUGAACGAAUGUGUAAUCAUCAUUACCAAGGUUUUAUAGACUCUAUUAGAGAGCUACUACAAGUUCGAACGCAAGCACAACAACUCAAAACAGAAAUCUUGGAGUUAGAUAAAAGAAUAACUGAGGCUACAGGAAGUGUAAUAGAAAAGAGAGAAGAACUAGUUAAAGCUAGGAAAGUACAGUUCAACAUGGCUUCUGCAGUUGAUAGCCUUACGAUGUGUCUUCCAGUAUUAGCUGCUUAUGCAAAAUUGCAGAGACAGUUAAAAGAUAAACGUUACUAUCCAGCUUUAAAAACUUUAGAGCAACUCGAGCACAAUGACCUGCCCAAAGUUAAAAAUUAUCGCUUUUCCUCUCAAAUUACUCAACAGAUUCCACUGUUAAGGAAAAAUAUUAAGGAUGCCUCCAUGACAGAUUUAAGAGAUUUCUUGGAGAAUAUCAGGAAAUAUUCUCCUAAAAUUGGUGAAGUUGCCAUGAGACAUACAGCUGAACAGUUGGAAAUUGAAGCUGAAAUAAUUGGAAGGAAAAAGAAAAGACCUCAAACUACUACUUCUACAUCUGAAGAAGAAGAAAUGAGUGCUCAAGAUCUCAUGGACUUCAGUCCAGUUUAUCGUUGCAUGCAUAUUUAUACUGUUCUCAGAGAAGGGGAAGAUUUCAAGGCCUACUACAGACAGCAAAGACAACAGCAAGCGCGUCUCGUUUUACAGCCACCAAUUAAUAUGCAUGAAAGCAUUGCGGGUUAUCAAUCUUAUAUUCAUGGGAUUCUCGGUUUCUUUGUGGUUGAAGAUCAUAUUUUGAAUACUGGAAACGGUCUUACAACUCGUACCUAUUUAGAAGAACUUUGGUCAAUGGCUUUAUCAAAAAUUGUGAAUGCUUUAAGGACACAUUCUGCUUACUGUACAGAUGCUACACUUAUUCUAAAAAUAAAAAAUUUGAUUAUGUUAUUCAACACAACUCUCAGGAAUUACGGAUACUCAGUAGGUCAAUUGAAUGAUUUACUCCAAGAAAUAAGGGUUCACUACAAUGAAGUAUUGAUGCAACACUGGGUACAAGUUUUUCGGGAUAUACUGGACGAAGACAAUUUUUUACCUAUUCAAGUAUCCAAUCAAGAGGAAUAUGAUAAAGUUUUAGCUUCGUUCCCUUAUCAAGACGAAGAAUUGAAGAAAGCUAGAUUUCCAAAGAAAUUUCCCUUUUCAGCAAUGGUGCCAAAAGUUUAUCAUCAAGUAAAAGAAUUUAUUUACGCUUGCCUGAAAUUCUCAGAAGACCUUAAUCUUACGCAAACGGAAAUCGAUGAAAUGAUUUGUAAAUCGACUAAUUUGUUAUUAACGCGAACGUUCAGUGGAUGUUUAUCUUCGCUUUUCCGUAAACCGUCGUUAGCUCUUUUACAAGUCGUGCAAAUAAUUAUCAAUACAGAAUAUCUUGAAAAAUCCACGAAGUAUUUAGAAGAGUUCGUCUCUAAUAUUACAGGAACCCCUCACGAAGGUCAAUUAAGUACUGGCGGCCUUAAAUCUGCCAUGUUUAGAGUAGCAAGAGAUGACGCCGAGAAACAGAUUUGCGAAAAAUUAAAGCAAAAACUCGAUGAAUUCUUAGAGCUUGAAAAUUAUGAUUGGAACCUUACUGAACCACAAGGACAUGCCUCAGGAUUCAUAGUUGAUCUCAUUGCAUUUUUGCAAAGUACCUUCACGUGUUUUACGAAUUUGCCGGAAGAGGUAGCACAAGUGGCCUGCAAGUCAGCUUGUUCUCAUAUAGCAAAGUCUAUCUUAGGUAUUUUAGUAAGCGAGGAUUUGAAGCAAAUUUCAAUGGGUGCUCUUCAGCAAGUCAAUUUAGAUACCAUACAAUGUGAACAAUUCGCUGCUUCAGAACCUGUUGUAGGGUUGCCAGAGGGGACGUUAUUGCAGGAGUUUGCGCAAUUAAGACAACUACUUGAUUUGUUCAUGAGUUGGGACUGGCCUACUUACUUCCAUGAUUACAUAAGCGAAUCGAGUAAAUACAACCUUGUGACACCUCAGAUGGCAGUCAUUUUGCUCGAAAAGCUACGAGAAUCCGAUAAGAAAACAGUAUUUUCUGUUUUGAAAAAGAGCGAGAGGGAUAAAAAAAAGUUGUUAGAGACGGUGUUGAAACAGUUACGGCAAUUAUCGCUAUAACUUAUUCAACGGUAAUGCAAACCGAAUCGCGCAAAAAUUGUAAAUAUGUACUAUAGUAAAAACCAGCCGUGAAAUUAAUUUAUUCCGCAUUAUUUUAGAUUUGUUAUUUUUCGGUUAAUCAUAUAUGUAAUAUGUUAAAGUUCUAUGAGAGUUAUAUAAUCAACAGUGCCUUAACGUUUUGAUAAUUUUAUUUGUAAGAAAUUUUGCAAAUAAGAAAAGAAGACUUUUACAUUUGAAGCUCCUGUAUAUUUAUAACUUCAAAAGGUUUUUUUGUUAUAUAUAAUGGUAUUAUCAUUAAUUUACAUGUCUAUUAUGUGUCACAUAUUGUACAAUAUUUUAAAAGCAACUGUACAUUGGACAAUGUAUAUCAAAGUAUCAAGUCCCCCACAGAUUUUAACACCCUAAUAGUUAAAAUAAGAAUAAUAAACAAUAAUAUACGCUUAUUUGAAAAUUAAUUUGAAUUUUGUAAUAAAUUUAAUUUUUUUCCUUCAUCCGCAAUACUUGAAUGUGGUGUAGUAGUGAUCAGUC